AUGCGUUUGUUGAAGGGCCUUGUUCUCGGCUUGCUCAUUGAGAGAAGUCUUGGUCAAACAGAACCUGCACCUGGCGGAGAUGCUGUCGCUACUGUAGCCGAUCCUCCGGCAGUUGAUCCUCCUGCGAUUGAUCCUCCUAUCGAGACUGGAGGAGAUGAACCUGCUCCUGUGCCUUCAGCACCGCCUGUUGGUGGUGAUGAUGACGGCGGUGAUGAUGGCGGAGACGAUGGUGAUGGAAAUCAACCUCCUCCUGACGAUACCCCUACCGACCCUCAACCCACCGCAGGAGAUGGUAACCGCGCCCCGGCCAACCAGCCCUCCCCGGUCGAGCCCCCCACUGAUCCUACCGAGACUCCGGACCCCGUCGAUGCCCCGGUCCCUACUGACGAAGCACCUACUGUUAUAGACGACACCCCCGCUGCUACCGACGUUGAACCCACCGACCCUGAGCCUACCGAUGCCGUACCUGUCCCAUCUGCGACCGAUGCUGAGCCAGAGCCUUCUGGAACAGGCUCCGAGCCGGAGCCCAGUGCCCCGGAACCCACAGACACAAACGGUGAGGAACCUACCGUGACUGAACCGACUCCAAGUGAUGCCUUGAACUCCGUGCCGGAAGAGGCUAUACCCGGACCAACUGGAACUGGCGAUGAGUCAGUUUCUACUCCUGAGGCCUCUGAUCUACCGGCUUUACUUCCUACCGUGACCCCGAGUGACUCGGCCACUGAUACUCCAGAUGAACCUACCGUGACCUCUGCUGACUCGGCCGUUGAAUCCCCUGAUGAGCCUGCCACUGAGCCUGCCACUGAGCCUGCCACUGAACCUCCCACUGAACCUCCCACUGAACCUCCCACUGAACCUCCCACUGAACCUCCUACUGAACCUGCCACUGACUCUCCAUCAGACCAGACGACAAACUCCAGAGCCGGGAUCGUGGCGCCAAGCCCUACCGGGGGUGAUGAUGGACCAACUGCCACUGAUGAUGCAGAACCUACCAUCGUAGCGUCAGAUAAGGUCGACAACGAUGAAGACGAUGAAGGUACAGGCGCUCAAACCCCCCCACCUGCGCCAGCCAAUACGGACGAUCAGUCAUAUCAGCCUGGUACCCCAGACGAGACAGAUGGUGGGAAUAAGUCAGAGGCAGCCAAGCCAACCAAGGAAGAACCCAAAGAGACCAAUGAACCAGACUCUAACCCAAAGCCCACUGCCGCAGGAUCUGGUGUUGCACCACCCAAGGCCUCCGCGACCGGCAAAGAUGGCUUCACCACGGUGACAGGCUCCAAGCCUGGUCCGACAGAGGCAUAUGAAGUUCCCGUCGAUCUAGAAGAAGACACUGUACUUGGUGACUACGCCGAAUUCAAGAGGGCAGCCGAUGGCAAGCAAGAAGUCCUUCUCAAACCGCCUCCCAACGGUAAAGCAAACUGCGAAAUCGCGCCCACCGGCGGCGAAGUCGAAAACAUUCCCAUCGGCGAAAAGAUCCGCGUUCUCCUCUCCGUAAAGAUCGAUCAGCCCGGUUCCAAGGGCGGCGCGACCGGUUCGCGACUGAAGAUGUUGGUUGAUGAGAAUACUGUCUAUGACAAGGAGCUUGUUUCGACGGGUGGUGAUACGGAGGAUAUUGAGAGUGAUCCGUUUGAGAAUGCUAAGAACCAGAAAAUUAGGGUUUUGCAGGAGUGUGGGGAGAAGCCGACUGAACUUACUAUUGAGGAUGCUAAUAUUAGAGUUGCUAUGGAUAAGAAGAGUGUUGGCGGUGGAGGAAGUGGCGGUGGUAGUGGUGAUAAGGGUAAGGGUGGCGAUGAUGGUGAUAGCGACAAGGGAAGCAGUGAUGGCGAUAAGGGAAGUGGUGGCGGCAAGGGCGGCGAUAGUGGUAAGGAUGAAGGAGGCUCUGGAUCUGGUGAUGGUAAGGAUGAUGGAGGAUCAGACGGAGGUGACUCGGAUGGUGGCUCUGGAGGUAGCGGAGGUGGAAGUGGAAGCGGCUCAGGCGACAGCGGCAGUGGUGGUGAUUCCGGCUCCGACUCCGGCUCCGGUUCUGACUCUGGCUCUGACUCUGGCUCUGGCUCUGGCUCAGGCUCGGGCUCAGGAAGCGGAGACGCAGCAUCACCAUCAGCCACCACUGUCGACACCAACGUCGCUGGGAAGACUCAAAAGGUCGGGGAGUUACUCUUGCUUGCUCUGCCGCUUCUUGCAGCUUUCUUGUGGUAG